UCAUUUAUUUCUGAUUGGAUUAUCACCUUUCAGAAGUAACAAAGAAAAUGUCCUUUAAGGACUUUAAUUCAGUUCACCAACUAUUCAAUUCAUUUAUUUCUGAUUGGAUCAUAACACCUUUCAGAACAUUAAGUAACAAGAAACUGAAAAUAUCAAUUUCCUGAAAGAAAGAAAAAAAAAAUGGUAGCUGUUUUCAACAAAGAGCUCUUGAGCUGGUACCUUAUCACCCUUAAACUUAGAGAAACCUUAGAAGCAGGGAUUCCAUCAUCGUCUCCGAAUUCAGGUACACGAUCGAUCCAGUUACCUCAGCAGCAAAAGCUUGAGCAACAACCUUCAGAAUCAUUGCAGGUUCUUCUUACCAACCAAAAUGGUGAAAAUUUGGAAGAGGAAGCAAGCUCACCAGUAUCUGAAUGGGUGAUCUCCAUCAAGGAAAAGCUCGAGGAGGCGAAUCAAGACGAUGUAGCAAGUUCAUGGACUAAGCUAUCAAUCUACAAAAUCCCUCAUUACCUUAGAGAUAGUAGUGGCGACGACAAAGCUUUUGCACCACAGAUUGUGUCCUUAGGACCAUACCAUCAUGGCAAAAAACGCCUUCGACAAAUGGAACGUCAUAAAUGGCGUUCCAUUAACCACGUUCUUAAGAGGACAAAACAUGACAUUAGGCUUUAUCUGGAUGCAAUGAAAGAGAUGGAAGAAAAAGCAAGAUCUUGUUAUGAAGGAACGAUCGGGUUAAGCAGCAAUGAGUUUGUGGAAAUGUUGGUCCUUGAUGGUUGUUUUGUGAUUGAGCUGUUUAGAGGAGCAACAGAAGGGUUUAAGGAACUUGGUUAUUCAAGGAACGAUCCUGUUUUUGCAAUGCGCGGAUCGAUGCAUUCGAUUCAAAGAGAUAUGAUCAUGCUAGAAAAUCAGCUUCCCCUUUUCAUACUAGAUUUGCUUCUGGGAAUUCAGAUUGGUAAACCAGAUUUGAAAGGACUUGUUGCAAAUCUAGCACUCAGAUUCUUCGACCCUUUAAUGCCAACAGAUGAACCAUUAACAAAAAGUGAUAGAAAUAAACUGGAAUCAACAUUUAGAAAAAGCACUACCAAUGCCACCUUUGAUCCUUUAUCCGACCAAGGAGGUCUUCACUGUCUCGAUGUAUUUAGACGAAGCUUAUUGCGCUCAGGACCUCAACCAGCACCUAGAAUAUGGAUCAAACGCAGGUCGAACGCUAAUAGAGUUGCAGACAAACGGCGCCAGCAACUGAUACAUUGUGUAACUGAGCUAAAAGAGGCUGGAAUCAAGUUCAAGAAAAGGAAGACCGAUCGCUUCUGGGAUAUUAAAUUUAAGGACGGUAUUCUGCGUAUUCCGAGACUCUUGAUCCAUGAUGGAACAAAAUCUCUGUUUCUAAACCUCAUUGCAUUUGAGCAGUGUCAUCUUGAUUGCAGCAAUGACAUUACAUCCUAUGUUAUCUUCAUGGAUAACUUGAUUAACUCUCCAGAAGAUGUCGGAUACCUUCAUUACCGAGGGAUAAUCGAACAUUGGCUUGGAAGUGAUACCGAAGUUGCAGACCUUUUCAACAGGUUAUGCCAAGAGGUUGUGUUUGACAUCAAUAACAGUUAUCUUUCUCCAUUAUCAGAGUCUGUUAAUAGAUACUACAAUCAUAGAUGGAAUACUUGGUGUGCAAGCUUGAGACACAAUUACUUCAAUAACCCUUGGGCUAUUAUCUCUUUGGUUGCUGCUGUAGUCUUGUUGCUACUUACUUUUGCACAAACCUACUACAGUGUAUAUGGAUAUUAUAGACCAGCACAGUAACUGGUUAGUACAAGUAUUGCACCAGCAGGGUAUUUCAUUUCACAUUCAUCAAUACAUUUUUUAUCAUUGAUUCUUUCUUAGUGUGAGACAUUGAUGUGUUUAUGUAAGCUUCAAGAAUGAAGCCUAGAAAUGAGUUUGAAGGUUGAAGACUUUUGAAGUCUUGUUAUUUGGUAAUUUAUUUUGGCACUUUUGAAGAUACUGGCUAGUGGCUACUACUGUAAUACAAGUUGUGAUGCAAGUGUUUAUCAAACAACUCCGGCUUUGUUUCAUAACCAGCUUUCUUUUUCAUUUUCAUUUUUGAAGGGUGCUUUCAUUUCAUAUUCUACUACUGUAAUGCUUCGUUUAUUAUAGAUUUUGAGACGAUGCACAAUGUAUUUGAA